AUGGGAUCAGAAAUAAGAGAGCUUAGGACACUGCCCUGUGGCACCCCUAGGUUAAUUCUUUCUCUGUCACAACAGGUUGCAGUUCAAGUGAAGGAUGCAGACUUGACACAGAAAAAUCCUGGCAAUGAUUCUGCAGUGUCUGUUGGGUCGAGUGAUGAAGAUGAGGCUAAUAUCUCCAAGUACUUUGACUAUUUAAAUGAUGAUGAUCCUGGGAGCGGUAGUGCUUCCAAGAGGAAGAAGAAGAAGAAGAGCCAAGGUAAGGAGAACCAAGGAAAUGAAAAUCAAGAAAAAGAAAAUCAAGAUGACAGAAAGGGAAAGGAAAAGCAGGAAAAUGACAAGUCAUCGGAGAGACCCAGUCGUAAGGGGGAGUACGAGAAGGACAUGCGUCAUAUUGAGCGUCAUCUCUCUAUGAAGAAGACGAUUCGUAAAAAAAUGAUGCGGGAUCUCCAGCAGGCCUUUGUUGAGGAUCCAGGAGAGUUUCAGCAGGACCCUAACCGCAUGACCCCAGAAAAGAAAAACAACAUAGAUAUCCGUAAUCUUACAUUCUCUAAGAGCAGGCUCUCAAAAUCGGAACAUAAUUUUCUUGAUAUGCUUAAAGACGAAUCACCAAAGGACAAGGACAAAAAAGAUCGUAAGGGAAUCCUAGGCUAUAGAGAUAUAAUGAAGAAUAACAAAAACAAAGAACCCAAUGAUGUAAUUAAAGAUGAUGACUCAGGCAAUGGUUCCCCCUCACGUGAAUCCCCAAAGAAGGCUCUCAGCAAGGAGGAUUUGAUAGAAACAAAGGACACACCAAAAGAUGAUAAGAAAAUAGGAUUCUGGAAGAAAUUAACUGGAAAGGGGAAAAUCAAGCGGUAAUAAGCUGAAUUUCCCUUCCACUGCCCCCUAAUAACAGACUGUGAUAACCCUCCUGUGCCUACUGCAUCAGCAGCUUCUACUUAUCCUAAGCACUUAUGUCUCCUGUUGGAUAGUUCUUGGGUUCACCAAUCAUAACUUAACCUCUAUUUUUUUAAAUGCUUAUGGUCUUAGUCAUUCUUCUUCAGUACUUUAUUGCUGAAUAUUUACUUUUUGUCUCUUUAGUCACUAUUUAGUUCAAUUCUUGUCUGCUUUUGUACUUUCAGCUCCAUCUUUGGGAUCUUCACCCACAGCUACACUCAGUACAGCAAGUUAGCCUUCAGACAAAGUGGAUCUUUGCUUUCUGACAUGUUCAUCUAAUUCUCUUCCACUAGUCUCUCUCUAUGUAUUCCAAAUUGCAACCUCCAAUUUCACCAUAUUAAAAUAAACCUCAUCUGUAAGUUUAUGUAAAAAUAUUGAUUCUGUACAUAUAUAUAUAUAGACAUAAAUGUCUUAGAGGAAAGGGUGACCCUAGAGUUCACAUAUAAUAAUUUAAGCUUGGAAUAAACAUUUCUCAGCUAAGUAUAUUUGUACACUUUUUCAUCAAGGUAAUAAUUUUGUUGUGAUCAUUUUAAGGCAAGAUUACCUGGCAUUUAUUUAACAUGUGCAGUUUUAUUGAUUUUUAGUUAUUGUUUUAUAAAUUAUAUAUUUUAACACUACUGAAUAUUAUAUGGUGUUUUAAAACACCUAUUCAACAUUUAUGAGUGAUUCAUAAGUUAUUAUGGGUUUUUAUGUUUGGUUAUAAGGUUCAAAUUUCUCUUUACUUGCACUACCUUCAUUAUUAAAUAUUGCUGUCCAGAGUUAUGAAUAUUACAGCUUUAAUUGUGUUUUAUAAGGUAUUACAUUAAGCCAAGGGGAUAAAAAUUUAUUAACUAUUUGUAAGAAAACUCUCAAAGUCAAAGUCAGAGGUGUGUCCAGGGCUAAAUUAAACCAGUACUGUAUUUUUAAUUGGGAGAAUUCCAUCAUCUAAUAAAAAUAAAACCAUAAAAUGGUUUUAACACUAAGAUAAUUAAAAUGUUCUAAAAACCAGGAUUCAAAUAGCAGAGUGAGUGUAUUAUGUUCCACGUAGAAGCAUGUCUCAACAUAGACCUACCUGACGGUACACAAAGCCAAAAAAAAUAUGUUAAACCUCUUGUUUUGGUACAGUGCCAAUAGUGGCUGCCUCAAUAAUUCUUUAGUUUGAUAGAUUCAUUAUGGCUGAUGAAAUUUUAAUGUAGCUGAUGCAUUAUGGUUGACAAAAUUGUUACACAAUGCAUUUUUGGACUCCUACUCAAUAACAUCUACAGUAAUGACAACAUAUACCAGUAUACACCAAGAGCCACCUCCUUGUGUUUUGUUAGAAUUCAUUAUAAGUGUAUUGAGUAGCCUUCCAUUAUUCAAAAAUGUUUAGAUCUGAAUCAGAAAAAAAAAAAAACAAUAUUGGGAAAACUUGAGUAAUCUUGUGUUAGAUCUAUAAAGGUACAGUGUAGGAUGUAGUUUUUCAAAUUCCAAUUCAACUUUUCAACAAUAAUAGGCAUAAUGUUUUGUACAACAAUCCAACUUAAAAUUAUACCAAACACUGACACUAUACAAGUGUUCUUUAGUGUUAGUGAAACAUACCAUGAUCAAGUUUUCUUUUCAAGAAAAAGAGAGAAAAAUAAUUGUGAAUUAGAAAAUGCAUGCUAAAUGUCAAACACAUUCAUUUAACUUUGUUCCUAAAUACACUGACAAGCCCUUUAACAAAUGCAGUGACACAAAAGUCAAUUGACACUCAAGGAAAACACUGCCUAAAAUCUAGUUCUAAACUAGCUCUGAUACUCAAUGUGUCCAUAAAAAAUACAAUGCUCCAAGUGAUUCAUAAGUUUAUCUCAGAGAGCUGUUAGUAUUGAUGGUGUAAUUCAGUAAUGAAUGUGAAUGAAGAACAGUAUCAUGAAUACCCUUCAAGGGGGAAAAAGUGCCUUCGUGCUGAAGGGUUCUUGAUCCAAGAAACAAACUAAACUCCACUCCCCUUACUUGGAUCAUACAUGGUUUCCCUUCAGUUCCCAAUGGGCUUAAUUUUUCUCUGUGGGUAUACAGAGUUGGCCCUCCCCUCCCCAUCUUUGCAAGAGAUGGGAAGAAAGGAAGGGGUUAUGAUCCAAGAGGUUAUUGUGAAUCUAAAAUCUGCAAAUACAAAAUUGUGUGAAUAUAAAUUUUGUUUCAGACUUGGUGUAAGAAUAAUAAUUAUAAUUUUUAUUUCUACAAGUACAUGAUACAACUAAUACAGACCCAUCUGACAUCACUGGUA